AUGACUUCUCAGCAGCACCGGCAAACUUCUUCCCAAUCAACAACGCCCUAUUAUCCUUUGCUAGCGCACAACCACAAGGAGAUUCAGUACAGUACAACUCCGGAUGCGACCAUUCUGGGCCAAUUCCCCUUUCAGGGACUCGAUCUACCAUUAGACUAUGAACCUUAUCCAGAAACCGGACGAGGCGAUUUCGGAGAGGUCUCCCAUCAUCCUGUCCACCGAUUACAGCAACACAGUCAACCAACAGAUCCUGGAAUUAUCUAUGGCGCCACAACAUUCACGAGUCCACAGCUCCAGAACGGCAAAGGGCAAGCGAAGCCGACAACUGCAAUUCCUGGUCCGAAAGACGAAUCACAUGAGAAGAAAGUUCACCGACGUAUGCAAAACCGCCUCUCGCAACGGGCAUACCGAUCACGAAAAGACAAACUGAUUGAGACUCUUCAACUAAAAAUCGAUGCCCAGAUCGGGUCCCGCAAACGGAUGGCGGAAGCAUGCAACAAGAAAAUCGACAGUUGUAUCGACGUUCUCCAUACUCAGGUCAACGAGCUGAAGGCGCUGCAAACCGUGCUGAUGGGAACUAUGCCAGUACCUGAAGACGGUGGAUCGCGAGAUGAUGUCGAUGAUGUGAUGAACAUGGAAAGAGAAAGCUCUAUGGAUACAAACGAGGGACUGGAACUGGGGUUGGAGUUUGAUGCUAGUGCAUGGGGAUACCAGUUUUGA